AUGGGUGUAGCACAUGCUUGGCGUUUGUGCACGGGAUCGCGCUGCGCCCUUGCUUGGACAACGGUUCGUUAUCUGGGUUGCAAAAAGUCCUGGGACUCUGGGGCAGAGGCUGCCUCUCCAUACCUAGGUUGGGGCGGAGGAAACGGGAAAACACGGCAUACUGAAGCGGGCGUUGACGGAUCUCAUAUUGUUUUGGCCACGGAAGGCCUAGUCUGUUUGCAUACGGUAGCAGCUUUUCGGCGCAGAAUCGAGGCACGUCUUGAGACGGGAAUCAAGAACAGCUCAGAGGCAGUGAUGGAUGGAUGGAGCGUCCAAGUGUGA